CAGUUGAGGCAUAGGAACUUGAACGCCAUUUUAGUACGAUUGUACUAUGACCAUUGACGAACCCAACUUCCACGCACCCAUCGCUUUUUUGAGGGACAACGGAUCAAGGAGAACAGUUGCGACUUGCCCAUAGCCAUGGAAAACAAUGUCGAAAAUAACGCUGCUGCAUCAUCGACAGAAUAUGCAAAUUCAACCGGAGAAGCCCCGUCCCAUGACGCCCCGCCCACGUUAUCUUUGGCCAAUCAGGACAGAGCAGACCAAGAAAACGACAAAACCGACACAAGCUCCGGGGAGAAACCCGCGGGAGCCAAAUACACCUACCAGCAGAAAGCCACAUUUGCCAGCGCUGUGCUGACUUCACUGGCAAGCAUGAUGGCCUUUUCCAUUAUUUCUGUUUUCUACCCCAUCGAGGCAAAGGCAAAAGGGAUGUCACCGACUGUAAUUGGACUGGUGUUUAGCGCAUUCGCCUUCUCUUCAGGAAUUGGAUCACCAAUUUGGGGCAAAAUUAUUCCUGUUUUGGGAGCUCGUUUCAUUUUUCUGGCAGGAGCGUUCGUCACAGGUGGAUGCAAUCUCUUGUUCGGGUUCGUUAUUGACAUGCCAACCUACGCAACUUUCACUGCGUUCAGCUUCGCCAUAAGGCUCUUGGAGGGGCUUGGCACGUCGGCCACAUUUACUGCGUCAUCGGCCAUUGUGGCGUUUAACUUUCCCGAGAACGUCGGAACAGCAGUGAGCUUGGUCGAGAUGGCGGGAGGGCUGGCAUUAGCAAUCGGACCAGCAAUUGGUGGUGUGCUUUAUGAUGCUGGCGGCUUCAGGCUUCCGUUCUUUGUUCUGGGCGGGGUUGUUCUAGCAAUAGAUGUCGUCAAUUUCUUCUUAUUGCCUCAGUCAGGAAACAGAAAAGAAGAGUCUGGUCCAAUGAUUCGAGUUCUGAGCAUACCGGCCAUUUGGGUGGCCUUCCUGGCUGGUGUUGUGGCCGCGACUUGCUUCGCAUCCAUCAGCCCAACAUUAGCGGUUUAUUUAAAAAAGCUUGAUUUCACUGUGAUGCAGAUCAGCUUACUCUUUCUAGGUUUCGGUUUAUCUUACGCAAUUUUCUCCGUUAUUUGGGGAGCUGUUGCGGACGCAAAGAAAGCCACACGAAUUAUGAUCGUCAUCGGAGCAUUUGGCAGCGCACUUUUCUUCCUAUUCCUCGGACCGUCGCCAUUGCUGAACAUGCACUCCUCCAAGCUGCUUGCUAUUCUUGUCAUUCCCACUGGCACCAUAAUGAUUAGCUUGAUCGUUAUGCCGACGUUUGUGGACAUGUUCAGCUCAGCAGAAUGGUAUGGUAUUCCUAACAACCUUGGGUUGACGUCCGUAAUAUCUGGCAUCUGGUUGGGUGCAUUUUCAGUCGGGUCUUUGAUAGGGCCCUUGCUUGGGGGCGCCCUGACGGAGAUUUAUGGAUUUGCUUUUUCGACUACAAUUCUUGCUGGUGUUUUAAUCAUUGUCUUGAUCGUGGUGUGUCUGUUUGGAGUCUGGGAGUAUCGCUGUGGCAAAGGGAGACGGGUCCCGAGAUCACGGCUAGAGAUGGAGGCUAACGCAACUAACGAGGAACAGAAGCCACUUAUUUCCAGUGAUGUGUGACGGGCGUUGCUGAAUAAUUCCUCCAAGUCACCUAUUGCUGGUCAGAUCUCACUAAUUAACUGACUGACGUACAGACAAUUUACGUGUGAAUUAGACUUGCUUCAGUCUCCACCUUCGCCAAAUUAUUGACUCGAGUGACUACGGCAUUGGACCCUUAGACCAAAUUAAUUUGGGACUAGCUUUAAAACAUUCCAAUGAGUGACAUUGAUAAUAAACUUAACAUAAACAUAGCAAGCUGGGAACAAACGAUCCCAAAUAAUUAACACCAUUUCCGCCUUAUUUCACAAUUGUUUUACCAGUUUUCCAGCAUAACUACCAACCCACCAGAUGUUUCUACUACUAAACUCUAAAAGGGCCGGGUUAUUUUCAAUUGACCAUCUCUCAGCCCAGGAAUUCUCUCCCCCCCCCAAGAUCGCGGACAUCGAGUGACGAAAGAAACUGAAACUCGGAACAUGCAUAGAGCAACUCUUCAUAAACAUACCCAGGAAAUUUCGUCACUAUAGGUCAAGGGUUUCGGAAUUAUAGCUAAUUAAUUAUUCAUAUGUAAAAAUGGCAAUUCUGCUCUGUGCACAAGACGUGUAUUG